ACAAUUGUGUUAGUUCGAAAAUCGAUGUUCUUCCAAGUUCAUUCUGGUGGUUUCAGCAAAUGGGGGGAAUAGAAAUUUCGGAGGCUACUUCGUCUGUGAGUACAAAUCCAAACACAAAAGCAUUGGAGACUGUUCAAGAAAAACCUCCAGAAGUUGUGAAAAUUGACAAGAAGGAAACGAAGCCAGUUCUAUCCAAUCAAGAGAACAAUAAUAACAAGACUUCAGAUGAACAAAUAAGGCGCAUGGAACCUGCAAUGAGACAAAGUGAAGCAGUUAGAGCAAUAGAGCCUGCAAAGCCAAAAAUGCCUUAUUAUGUUAAGAGGGUAGCAAUAGCAGCUGCCGGGCUUCAAGCAGAGUCAAUUUUGCUGAGAAAAAGUGGUCAUUUGAAGGAGUACUAUAAUUUGGGACCAGAGCUUGGGAAAGGACAAUAUGGAACAACUUUUCUUUGCACAGAGAAAGCUACUGGAAAAAAAUAUGCUUGCAAGUCCAUCCCAAAGGUGAAAUUGGUGGGAAAUGAUGACGUGGAGGAUGUGAGGAGGGAGAUUCAGAUAAUGCAUCACUUGGCUGGGUGUUCCAAUGUGAUUUCAAUUAAAGGGGCUUAUGAGGACGGUGUUGCUGUUCAUGUUGUCAUGGAAAUGUGUGCAGGUGGGGAGCUGUUUGAUAGGAUUGUGGAAAGAGGGCAUUACACAGAAAGAAAGGCAGCUAAACUUGCAAGGACCAUAGUUAGUGUCAUAGAGGCUUGCCACUCCCGUGGAGUAAUGCAUCGUGAUCUUAAGCCUGAGAAUUUUCUUUUCGUUGAUGGCCAUGAAGACUCCACCCUUAAGGCAAUAGAUUUUGGAAUGUCAGUUUUCUUCAAACCAGGAGACAUUUUCAGGGACGUGGUUGGAAGUCCUUACUAUAUCGCACCUGAAGUUCUAUGUAGGCGCUAUGGCCCAGAAGCUGAUGUGUGGAGUGCAGGUGUGAUCAUAUACAUUCUCUUAUGUGGAACCCCUCCAUUUUGGGGUGAAUCGGAGCAAGAUAUAUUUGAGGAGGUUUUGCAUGGUGAUCUUGAUUUCUCUUCAGAUCCUUGGCCAAAUAUCUCUGAAAGUGCCAAAGACUUGGUUAGGAAAAUGCUUGUUAGAGAUCCUAGAAAACGGAUAACAGCACAUGAAGUUCUUCGUCACCCUUGGAUUCAGGUUGAUGGAGUUGCCCCAGACAAGCCUCUUGAUUCAGCAGUUUUGGGUCGCUUGAAGCAGUUUUCUGCAAUGAACAAGCUCAAGAAAAUGGCUCUAAGAGUUAUUGCAGAGAAUCUCUCUGAAGAAGAAAUUUCUGGAUUGAAAGAAACGUUUAAGAUGAUAGACACAGACAACAGUGGUCAAAUCACUUUUGAAAAACUCAAGGUUGGACUGAAAACAUUUGGUGCUAAUCUCAGUGAAUCUGAAAUGGUCGACCUAAUGCAAGCUGCAGAUGUUGAUAACAGUGGCGCAAUUGACUAUGGAGAAUUCAUAGCUGCGACAUUGCAUAUAAACAAAAUUGACAGGGAUGAUCAUUUAGUUGCAGCUUUCUCGUAUUUUGAUAAAAAAGGAAGUGGCUACAUCACUCAAGAUGAGCUUCAACAAGCUUGUGAAGAAUUUGGCAUGGAGAAUGUCUGCUUGGAGGAAAUGAUCAGAGAAGCUGAUCAGAAUAAUGAUGGCCGAAUCGACUACAAUGAAUUCGUGGCUAUGAUGCAGAGAGGCAAUGCAGAUUUAGAUAAGAGCGGUCUAAAGGGUAACUCUAGUUUUAGCAUUGGAUUUCGGGAGGCAGUAUCAGUAUGUUAAGAAAAAAAGUUAGAUAUUUUCCAUGCUUUUGUUA